AUGCUGCAGGGGCCUUUCAGGAUCUGGGAGGGGGUAGUCAGGAGGAAGGAGGGAGACGCAGGUGUACUUGGGCAAGUUCAGAUCAGGAGAGGUAGAGGCUGGCACCUGGGGCAGGUACCAGCCUGGGCACUGGUGGCCGCCCCCCAUCCUGUGUGUUUUCACCACCCAAUCUGGCUUGUCCCGGCAGCGCUUGAAUGCCACAGGCUGGCAGGGGCCUCCAGAGGCCCUGCCCCUCGAUCCCCAGCCUGGGUAGGGCCACCAGGUACGACCAGGUACCAGAGACCACCAGGAGCACGGGGCAGAAAGCCAGCGUCCAUGCCCCAGCAGCCCCCUCCUGCCUGUCCCUGGCUCCCAGCUCCCGCCCCUCCCCAGGGCCCCCACCUCCACGGCCCACUUCAUUUUCUGUUCUCAUUUUGCAGAGUUGCACAGGGAGAGAACUCAGCAUGGGGGGUGGUUCUUUGGGUUCUGUUUGUUUAUUUGUUUAAUUUGAUGGUUUGUAAAGUGAUGUUCCUCUUCCUUUUUUACACUUUUCAGCUCAUAUUUAACCUCUGUUUGGAAAAUGAUUCUUGUAACUGUACAUUUUUUUGCCUCCUAAUAACAAUGACAAGAACAAAAAUAAAUGACCGAUUUUGUGUUGGGGGGGUGUAUGGUGCCAGUUACUUUUCUGCAGUUGGCAUGGGCUGCCCAGCAGGCCCACAGGGCCACCAGCACACCCCCACACGCUGGUCACCAACAGAGCCAUGGGGCGCGAGCACAUGCCCACCCUGGAGCACAAUGGCACUGUACAAAUGGCCUCCCACACGUGUGUCGGGCUCUCGCACUUUCUCUUUCUCAUUCUCUUCAGAUUUCCGUGUAGUCCCAGCUUUGAGCCAGCGGCUGCUGCGUGGGGCUGCAGAGCUCGUUGAGGGAACUGCCCAGGGCUGGGUCAGGAGGCAGUGGCACAGGCUGGAUGCUGUUUUGUAUGGAAACUACGCUGCCCUUUUCUUACACUCAGUUCAGGCCUCAGCCCCUCUUUCCCAGGCCCUGGAUCUCACUGGCAGCCAGGGUUGGGCCAGAACCAGAACCCUGUCCCUCUGGCCGCCAGUCCCUACCCCAGAACCAGUUAACUGUGCUCCAGGGGUAGGGCUGGGCCCACAGAGCCUGGGAGAUCCUCACCGCCUUUGCUGCCUCUCAGUUAGUGCCAAUGCUGUGCGUUUCCCAGUAGGAGCCCUGCUCUCGCUCCUCUGCCGGAUCUGAGUCCUCCCCCGACCUUACCGUCAGAGCUGGUCCCUCGGCACUGCCCACAGCUGCUGCCUCAGAGCCUGGUAGCCCUGCCGAGGCCAUCUUGACCCAGUUUCACAGUAAGCCCCACCUCCUCCCGCUCUACCUCCCUCGGCCUCUCCUUCACCCUGGAAAAUGGAGCAGGCCCUGCAGAACACCCCUGCUCUUCUCACCCCUCGCAUUUCAGGAAAAAAGGAGUGGAAUUGUCCCUUAGUCCUGAGAUUGCAGAUCUUGACUCCCGGUUCUGGGUGCCCCAGCCCCUCACCUUCAUUGGUGCCCAGGGCUUCCUCCUGGAGGCAGUCAUCAGAACUGUCAGAGGAGGGCCUGCCGGUAAAGGCAGUUCCCCACUGCCGCAGAGUUGGAGGAAAGAAUGGAUGGAAUUUGGCAUCUGAAGCUAAGUGAUUCCAGGGUACCUCCCAACUCCAAAGGAAAUGGGACGUACCCUCCUGGCUAAGGAGGUUGAAGGGGGGCCUGGGCUCUGUCGCCUGCCCUCUCCUGGCUACAAAUACGGCUGGGUUUGCCCUGGGCCUGGGAUCCCGGGAGAGGACCAGCAAUCUCACUCCUCUGGGGCUGUUUCCAGGUUGAGCUGCCCUUCUCAGGUCCUGUUAUCCUCCCUGAGGAUUGAGGUUUGAGAUAAGAGAGCUGGUUACCAGGAAGCAAGCGAGCAUCAUCCUUCCACAGUGCCUACAGGCAGCAGGGGAAUAUGACUUAAAGAAUUUGGUCAUAUUCUUUUCAGACUUAGCCCACCUGCACCCAAGUGAAUGAACAGCCAUGUUGCUCACACAAAACCUAUUUGGGGGGUCUCUUCAUUCAAAGCGCACAUUUUAAACAUUUGGUGCUGAAGCCUGGGAUGGGGGAACCCCUAUGGGAGACCAAACUGCUGUCCCUGUUCUUGUGCUCCCUCCAUGAAGAGAUCUACCUACUGCCUUGGGGUCACAGACACACACCUCCGGCUGUUUGGUAAGCAGUCUCUCUUUUUCGCUUUCCCAUUCUUCUGUCUUUUCCUUUCCACUUCUUCCCCCUUUCAAUUUCAUCCUUUUUCCACCACAAAGACAAGGAAUUUUUAAAAGUUAAAAAAAAAAAAGAAUUUGUCCAGGGGCUGGGUGCAGUGGCUCAUGCAUGUAAUCCCAGCAUUUUGGGAGGCCAAGGUAGGUGAAUCACUUGAAUCCCAGAGUUCAAUACCAGCCUGGACAACAUAGUAAGGCCCUAUCUCUACAAAUAAUCAAAAAUUAUCCAGGUGUGGUGAUGCAUGCCUUGUAGUCCCAGCUACUCAGGAAGCUGAGGCAGGAGAAUUGCUUGAACCCAAGAAGUAGAGGCUGCAAUGAGCUGUGAUCACACCACAGCACUCAGCCUGAGUGACAGAGUAAGACCCUGUCUCAAAAAUAAAAAUUAAAAAAUGUGUUCAGCCAGGCAUGGUGGUACACACACCUGUAGUCCCAGCUACUCAGGAGGCUGAGGCAGGACUGCUUGAGCCCAGGAGUUCAAAGCCAGCCUGGGCAACAUAGUGAGACCUCUCAACUCUCAAAAAAAAAACCAACAACUAUUAAAGUUGAACGGGGAACAGAUCAUGAGUAUAAGUAAAUUGUCAUGCUUGGGGCCUUUUGAUGCCGAAACCUGGCUGCAUUUAAGAAUCCCCUGGCCGGCGGGUGCGGUAGCUCAAGCUGUAAUCCCAGUACUUUGGGAGGCUGAGGCAGGCAGAUCACGAGGUCAAGAGAUUGAGACCAUCCUGGCCAACAUAGUGAAACCCCGUCUCUACUAAACAUACAAAAAAUUUAGCUGGGGGUGGUGGCGCAUACUUGUUUGUAGUUCCAGCUUCUCAGGAGGCUGAGGCAGGAAAAUUGCUUGAACCCAGGAGGCAAAGGUUGCAGGGAGCCAAGAUCGCACCACCACACUCCAGCCUGGUGAUAGAGUGAGACUUUGUCUCAAAAAAAAAAAGGGCCAGGCACGGUGGCUCACGCCUGUAAUCCCAACACUUUGGGAGGACAAGGUGGGUGGAUCACGAGGUCAAGAGAUCGAGAACAUCCUGGCCAACAUGGUGAAACCCCGUCUCUACUAAAAAUUCAAAAAAAUUAACUGGGCGUGGUGGGGUGCACCUGUAGUCCCAGCUACUUGGGAGGCUGAGGCAGGGGAAUUGCUUGAACCUGGGAGACGGAGGUUGCAGUGAGCCAAGGUCAUGCCAUUGCACUCUAGCCUGAUGCCUGGUGAUGGAGUGAGACUCUGUCUCAAAAAAAAAAAAAAAAAAAUCCUCUGGCCAAGCCUGCUUCAUAACACUAGAGAAUUGAAUUCCUUGCUGGGCAUGGUGGCUCAUCCCUGUAAUCCCAGCACUUUGGGAGGCCAAGGCAGGUGGAUAAUGAGGUCAGGAGUUCGAGAUCAGCCUGACAAACUUGGUGAAACCCUGUCUCUACUAAAAAUACAAAAAUUAGCUGGACAUGGUGGCACAUGCCUGUAAUCCCAGCUACUCAGGAGGCUGAGGCAGAAGAAUCGCUUCAACCUGGGAGGCAGAGUUUGCAGUGAGCGGAGAUCGCACCACUGCACUUCAGCCUGGGCAACAGAGUAAAACUCUAUCUCAAAAAAAAAAAAAAAAAAAAAGGCCGGGUGCAGUGGCUCAAGCCUGUAAUCCCAGCACUUUGGGAGGCCGAGGCAGGUGGAUCACGAGGUCCAGAGAUCAAGACCAUCCUGGUCACCAUGGUGAAACCCCGUCUCUACUAAAAAUAGAAAAAAUCAGCUGGGCAUGGCGGCGCGUGCCUGUAAUCCCAGCUACUCAGGAGGCUGGGGCAGGAGAAUUGCCUGAACCCAGGAGGGGGAGGUUGCCGUGAGCCGAGAUCGUGCCACUGCACUCCAGCCUGGGUAACAAGAUCGAAACUCCGUCUCAAAAAAAAAAAAGAAAAGGAAUUGAAUUCCCAAAGGGGAGGAAGAAAAAAGGUUUCAGGUGCUUGAUGUAUCUUGUCUCAUUAAAUGACCAUAAUCCUCUGUGAAGGACAGAUUAUUCCCAUUUUACAGAUGAGGAAGCUGAGACUGCAUUUAAGUAAUUGCACACAGCUUCCAAGACAGGUGCUGAGAAGGUGACUCGAAAGUGGAGCAGGGAGAGGGACCCAGUAGAUUCGGGCUCCCCUCGCCCCUGUAACCUGGCAUCAGGGUAUGAGGGCUGGUCUGAAGUCUGCCUUGGGUGAGCAUGUCAGCGGCACCUCAGAGCAUCCCAGCUCAAGUCCAUCGCCCACCAUGUGCCAACCCUGCCCCCCAAGCCUGGGACCCCUAAGCAACAAACCCCACAUUGUUCCCCCAGCUGGCCCAGGCUGCAGGGACAGUGGCUCUUUCCCAAGGCCGCUGGCCUGCUGACUGAUUCUGCAAGCCAUUCAUGUUGGCAGGCCUGGGAGGCGGCAGAGGCAGAGCCUUGGAGCCACCAUCUCUGCCCCUUCCUCUCUGAGCCGGCCAACCAGCUCCAGGAGGAGAGGCGGAGGGCACCCUUUGUGGACGAGGCCCCCUAAACAGGAUGCUGAGGGGUCUGCCUCCCCUGCCCUCUCUCCCCCUGUCCUGGACUUCACCUCAGUUCACCUGGCCCCUUCCUGUGUCCCUUAGGAAGCUGGUGGUGCCUCCGGGCCAGGGGGUGGGUGGGUGAAGAAGGAGUUGGGGAAACAUGGAGGAAACAGUCCCCGGGAGCUUCAGCGCAGCAGUCCCGUCUUUGGUCCCCUCUCCAACCUGCUCCCCCACCCAUCUGAAGUCUCUACAGACAGGGCUGGGGGCUUCAGUCACCGUGGCAACAGGUCUGCUGAGAAAUGGGUGGGUGUCACUCCCCAGCACAAAGGCUGUGCGCAUGGCAGCGCCAUCACCUAGCAACGGCCUCCCUCUCUCUUGGCGGCGUCACCCGUCCUGGGGGUGGGUGCCAGGGAGAGAGAACAAGGCUGUUAAGAUCCCCAGGAGAGGGGGAGGGAAGCUUGGGUACAGGGCAGGCUGAGGCCAAGGGGUGUGGGUGGGUGGACAGAGGAGAAUGGAGCCCCGGGCGCUCGGAACCCCCACCCCUCCAUGUCCCUGGGCUCCGGGGACACUUCCUGAGGCCCUGUGUAGAUGCUGUAGGUGGGCCUGGUGAGCAGAAGUCUGGUGGGACCCAGGAGUGAGCUUCAGACAGGGGCGGUGGUUCUGAGAAAAGCCGAGCUCCCAGCAGGGCACGAUUGGUGGCCUGGAUGAGGCAUCACUUCUGGUUGAUGUUGUGACAGCUUCUCAGGGACCCACAAGGCUAAGGGUGCCCUCCGGAAGGGCCCAGAGGUGGGACUGGGGGAAGUAAGUGGGACUUCAAGGGCCAGACCCCGCAGGCAGAGCUGCAUGAAGGGUCUGCUGCGGAUGGCGGGAGCUCUGCAGGGAAGGGUGGUGCAAUGGGGGCUGGGUGGGGGCAGGCCAGGGCAGGCAGCUGGGCGGUCUACAGGCAAAACAGUCCGUUCUAAGAAACUGAACAAGAGCGGUUCUCAGAGUGACAAAGGCUGGGAAGCCCUGAGGCUCACAGACGGAAGACCACUGGACUCCCUCCAAGGGGGGCUUUGUGGAGAGAGGGCAUAGCAGAGAUGAGGGCUCCAGAGGAGAUACUUUGCAGGCUUUUGACUUCCCAGGGACCAUGGCGUUUAGGCCAGAGUGAGGACUUAGGCCCCCUGGCUCCCCAAACCCUCCAUCCUCUCUGUCCCUCAAAAGCCAUAAAACCCUUGGAGUCCCCAGGGCCACAGGGCUGUGCUGAACAUCAGCCACAGACAGGCCAGGUCAGGAGAAAUUCCCCAAGGCACUGCCAGGCCAGGAAGGCCCAGUGCAUCUGGGCCCUGCCAGGAUAUGGCACAAGAAAGUGGAUGGGCAGAGGGGUAGCUCGACCUAGUUUAUUGUUUCUCAGGAAGGGCCUCCUAUGGGAAAGCACCUAACCAGGGGGUUGGGACGGGGCAACCAGGGGAUCCCAAAGAAAUGAGGAGGAAGGAGAGAGAAAUCCUCCAGAAGAAAAGAAGGUGCCAGUAGGAGGAGGCGUCCAGGGCUGGAACAGAUCCGGUCCAGAGAAGAGUGUGCUGAGGCCAGGAGCGGUGGCUCACACCUCCAAUCCCAGCACUUUGGGAGGCCGAGGCAGGAGGAUCACUCGAGGUCAGGAGUUCAACACCUGCCUGGCCAACAUGGUGAAACCCUUUCUCUUCUACAAAUACAAAAA